CCAGGCGCCCUAGCGGCAGCGAUGGAGAACUCCUCCGCGGCCUCCGCCUCCUCCGAGGCGGGCAGCAGCCGCUCCCAGGAGAUUGAGGAGCUGGAGCGCUUCAUCGACAGCUACGUGCUGGAGUACCAGGUGCAGGGGCUGCUGGCUGACAAGACGGAGGGCGACGUCGAGAGCGAGAAGACGCUGUCCCACAUCUCCCAGUGGACGGCGGACUGCAGCGAGCGGCUGGAUGGCAGCUAUCCCUUCUCCCGAGGACGAGCCCCCCCACAGCAGAACGGCAGCAAAGACAAUGCACUGGACAUGCUGGGCACAGACAUCUGGGCGGCCAACACCUUCGAUUCCUUCAGGUGUGGGAAGGGGAAGCUGGAAGAUGGGGACGGGAUCAACCUGAACGACCUUGAGAAGGUCCUCCCAGCCUGGCAGGGCUACCACCCGACACCACACGAAGCCGAGAUCGCGCACACCAAGAAGCUGUUCCGGAGGCGCAGAAACGACCGGAGACGGCAGCAGAGACCUCCAGGAGGGAACAAGUCUCAACAGCAUGGUGACCACCCACCGGGCAGUGCCAAACACAACAGGGACCACCAGAAGUCCUACCAGGGGGGCUCAGCACCCCCCUCCUCAGGGAGGCCCACCCACCACGGCUACAGCCAGAACCGGCGCUGGCACCACGGCACCAUGAAACACUCUCCUGGCGACAAGGGGGAGGCGGGCGUCCACCGCAAUGCCAAAGAGACCGUGCCCACCGAGGGCCCCAGACUCGAGGACGCCCUGGAAGACGCCGGGCACGGCACCCUCGAGACCCCCUGCAACCCCGAGGGCCCCUGCCCAGUGGCCCCCGAUCGGCUGCCCCCGCAGCAGCCAGGGGUCCCGGAGGCGGAGACAAAGCGCAAGGACAGUAUUAUUCCGGAGCGGCUGGCGGAGCGGCCCAGAGUCACCCUGCUCCAGUCCUCUAAAGACAGGCUGCGGCGCAGGCUGAAGGACAAGGCACCGGAUGAAGUGACCGUGGAGCCCUCCCGCCCGCAGCAGAACAAGAUGGACAAGCUGAUGGAGAUCCUGAACAGCAUGCGGAACAACAGCAGUGACGUGGACGCCCAGCUGGGCACGUUCAUGGAGGAGGCCCAGAGCUCCACCAACUCGGAGCAGAUGCUGGGCGAGAUCGUGAGGACCGUCUACCAGAAGGCCGUGUCCGACCGCAGCUUCACCGUCACCGCCGCCAGGCUGUGCGACAGGAUGGCUCUCUUCAUGGUGGAGGGUACCAAGUUCCGGAGCCUGCUCCUCAACAUGCUCCAGAAGGACUUCACGGUGCGCGAGGAGCUGCAGCGGCAGGACGUGGAGCGCUGGCUGGGCUUCAUCACGUUCCUGUGCGAGGUGUUCGGCGCCAUGCGCAGCAGCACGGGCGAGCCCUUCCGCGUGCUCGUGUGCCCCAUCUACACCUGCCUCAGGGAGCUCUUGCAGUCUCAGGAUGUGAAGGAAGAUGCCGUCCUCUGCUGCUCCAUGGAACUGCAGAGCACUGGCCGGCUGCUGGAGGAGCAGCUGCCCGAGAUGAUGGCAGAGCUCCUGGCCAGCGCCCGAGACAAGAUGCUGUGCCCCUCGGAGUCUACGCUGACCCGGUCGCUGCUCCUGGAAGUCAUCGAGCUCCACGCCAACAGCUGGAACCCCCUGACGCCCCCCAUCACACAGUACUACAACAGAACCAUCCAGAGACUGACAGCCUGACUGCCAGGAGCGCCGGCCGGCGGGCUGCCCACGGGCAGCUGGGGCGCUGCGGCGCAGGGCCAAACGGACAGGCGGGAAGGCAGAGUGGCCCUAGCGGAGAGGAGAAGGUAGUGGGGAGGGGGGUAGGUAGAUCUAGGGUUGGGGGCAGGCUGGAGCUGGGCAGGGAGGGGUCAACCCCUAGAGGAGCCCCCACCCGCACCCCAGCCCAAGCAUGCCACCCUCACCCAGAGGGGUGCUCCUUUCUUUCCACAGUGGCCCCUGCCUUGUCCUCCCGCCCCGGCCCCUUCCCAGCUCACCCUCCCCGCCCCCGCCACGCCUUUGUGCCAGGGCUGCUUCUAGGUGCCUCCUCUCCCGUGGGGCCCAGCUUGGGUCAGACAGGACCUCCGAGCCUGCGAAAGUGGGUCGGAGACGGGCGAGCAUUGUUCCCUAUUCUGUCUGCCUCUGUCGCCAACUGGCAGGAGGCGACAUGUAGCAGAUGUCCCCGAGGACAAAGGCCGGCCGUCCCCACAGCCACUGUAAUUGGGGGCCUUUGUCAGCCACGGGGAGGCGGGUCAGGCUCCCUCCCCCCCUUGCUCCCCCGUCCCCCAGUCACCUUCAUGCUCCACCCACCCAUCCCUCCCCCAGCUCAGGCCUAGGGGGUCCAGCAGGGGGGCAGGGCCCUGACAGUUACAUUUGCACUCUUUUGUUUUAUUGUGUUUUAUUCCCCCCCACCCCACCCCUGAAAGCCGGCUCCUUUGAAGUCUCUUUUCUCAAUGGAAAGAGUCCGUGGUGAGCAUACAUUCCCCUCCGAGAGGGCCCCUGAUUAGCUGGGGGCAGGCCUGGGGCCCUCCGCUAGGAUUCUAGCCACAGACAGCCUGCCAGGAGCCAAUUAGGGUAAUUGGAAACUUCUGCCCCUGCAGGGGUCCGGCUGGAACCCUGUGUUCCACAGCCACUAGCUUCCAGUGGCCCUGCCAUCUCCGGUCAGCUCUGUCCCUCUCCAAGGCGGUCCUGCCCACCGGGCUGCACUCAGGCCGCCCGGCCCCACCGCCCGGCGUCCAGCAGGGGCAGCAGCAUGGCCGGCAGAUGAAAGCCAACGUGCUAAAGGACUGUCCCCAAGCUCAAGCUCCUUCCAGGGAGGAGGUUGGGCCUGGGCUCCCCGGGACCCCCCAGGACGGUGCCAUGGGCCCAGCCUCAUUGCAGGCUGGCUCGGGCAUCUGUCUGUCACUAGGGGGCGGGGCCCCGGUGCAUCAUGGCGGGGAGGGGAGCAGUACUAGUCCUGGGGGCAGGCUGAAGUUUCCUAGAAGGAGCCUGGUGGCAUCCCCGUGCUGAUGGCUGAGGCCCAGGAGCAAGCAGGGAGACUGGCUCCCGGGGAAGAGCUGAUGUCCGUCCAUCCAGCUCUGGUGCCAGGGUCUAGAGCUGACUGGGGGGUAGGGAGGAGCCCCAGGAAGGGACAUCAGCAACCAACGAAUGACCCUCUGGGUCAUUCAGACCCAAUCUGACCGGCCAGGAGAUGAUGGUGGGCCAGGGAGGCUCCCUGUAUUUAUUCUGAGUGGGGUAGGGACAGGGGUCCCCACACCCCCAGGCCUUCCUCAGCACCCUCAGCCUGCCUUGGCCCCACCCCCACCCCCAGGGUGUGAGGCUGCUGGGGACGAGGUGGGGGUGCUGACGGAAACCCCAGGAGGGUGGCCUUCUCCCCCACCCCUUUCUUCGCAAGCUUCCCUUCCUGCUACCCCUCCUCAGCCCAGGCCUUUGAAAGGGACACUGAGGGGCUGGGGGUUCACAGAGGGACACCUGGGACGUGGCGAGGCAGUGCUCAGGGUUUCACCUGUGUCUGCGUGCGGGAGGAGGGGGGGUCUCCCAGCCCCUUCCCUAGGCUCCAAUGCAGGCGUACGGAGGGUGUGCUGGUCCCCGGAGAGGCUGGAAUGGGCUCCCCUCGGUGGUCCUGGCCAGCCCCCCACCCCCCAGACCAAGACGUCAGCGCUCAGAUACAGCGAGAUAGAAACGUGUGUGAGUACGUAGGAGUAUAUUUUUAGUGGCGUGCCGUGCCGUGCCGUGCCACGGCGGCCCCACACACGGGGUCUGCUGGAAGGCGCUUGCUCCCUGGCCCCAUCGAACACCGAUAUCAGCUGCUUCUCCAAAGCUGGCGCCGCCCCCCUGUGUCCCUCUGCUUCCAGACGUGGAAAGGGGGCACUUCAGAACGCUCACCCACGGAAACACCACCAAUGUCUUAUGCGAGGCAGGUCCCCACAGGAGACCCCCUGGGAGACCACGCAGACGGAGCCAGAGGAGACACUGCACCCCACAGGCCUCCCGUCUCCUGGGCCAGGGCCCCCUCUGUGGAGGGCAAGGCCGCACCCCAAGUGACCUCUGAAUGUUAUGGCAGGGCCGGCUGGGUGUCGCGCGGCUGAGGCUUGCGUUCGCUCCCCAGACUCACCUGCCCGAUGCAGACACUGUCCUGCUAAUGAGGCCAGCCCUCCUCCUUAGGGCACCUUUGUCUGUGCUUCCCCCACCCCCACCCCUGCUCCAGGAGGCCUGAGGCUGUGCUGAACCCCUGAAUGUGGCCGGAGACCUCACCACUUCCCUCCCGGCGGGUGGGUGCACACCCCAAACCCAGAUUCCGUCUGCUCCCCCUUCCUUGCCCACUCUGGGAGGGCGUCCUGUCCACCCAUGUCAAUGUCAAUGUUGGCCGCGUCGGUAUUUAUUCUAAUUUUUAUUUUAUUUUCUCCGAGGGAUCGGGGGUGGGGGUGGGGUGGUACCACUGACCAUGCCCUGGGCACCUGCAGAGGCCCCAACAGCCAAGCCACCUGCAGGAACCCCCCCACAGGACCACCCCAACGGGCCUCACAGAGCCAGGCCCAAGACUGUUACCCGCCCCAGACGCAGCCAGGGGGACCUGUGACCUUCCGAAGCCGGCACACUGUUGGGAAACCUCAGACUGGGCCUUGGAGGACUGGUGUCAGAGAAGGCAGCAUCCCCACUGCCCUGGACACUGGAUGGGAAGGGCUGCCCCCACCCCACCCCCAUCCCCUUGGCCUAAGCCAGCCGAGAGCUGGACCUACCUCCCCGGAGCAGGGCCUGGGGCUUCCUGCCCAAGCUGCAGAUGCGUCCUGUUCUCGAGACCACCUUCCCUGCCCCCUCAGCGUGACCUGCUUUCUAGCCGAACCCGAACUGCAAGUGGGUUUCAAACAAAAUAAACACCACCAAAAAGCAAAAGGA